CUUCCUAGUUAACAUUGUGCGGAACCAAGUAAACAACACUCCGCUCAGUCCGUUUAACCUCACGAACUUUCUAAAGUUUGUACAGAUAGCUUCUUUCAUUUUCCGUUUUCUUUUGAGUGAGGACAUUGAGAUGGCUAAACUUACAAUACAAUAUAGCGUCAUUGUCUUCUUGAACCUGUGAAAAUCUGUUUUAGCUCGUGCUGAUUUUGUUCAGACCGACUAUGACGGAGCAGUCCAGUUACACCCUGCCCUCGUGUCUCUAAAGAGACUGGUUUAGAUUAUCAUUAGGGUGUUGACUAACUAACCAGCUACAGUGUCCUGCUGUAAAAUGGGGUCUUACAAGAAGGGGUCUCACCUGAAUCUGCUGACUUUACACCGCGAGCUGCUGGUGGAGCAGGUGAAGAACACGCAGUGUAUUCUGGACAAUCUCCAGAUCAACGGCUUCAUCUGCACUGAAGACAUCGAGAUCAUACAGCGCAGCACCACCAAAACUGACCAGGUACGGAAAAUUUUGGAGCUGGUUCAGAGUAAAGGAGAGGAGUGCUCAGCAUAUUUCAUGCAUAUUCUUCAUGAAGCAUACGAUGCUUACAUUGAUCUGCGGCCUUGGUUUGAUGAUAUUCAGUACACGCCAUUAGACACUAUUAGUGCCAUACCAGUGAUUAACACAGACCCAAUUAGCAAGUACUGUGAGAAGCUCAGGUGUGAGCUGGGAAGGGACACUCAGUUCAUCACGUCCUACUCUAAAAGUGAGGAGACGCCGCUGGAGGAUCUUUACAUGGACACACAGAUGGAGCUCCUGAACGACAGAGGUGAGAGCUUGGGAUACUUACAGAGUCUGGAUGAGCUACUAGGAGACCAGGGUGUCUUCAACCAGCAGGCUGAGACGAUCUUCAUCACUGGUGACGCUGGCGUAGGCAAAUCAAUUGUCCUUCAGAAACUGCAGAACUUGUGGUCCCAAAGGGAGCUGAAGACGCGUGCAAAGUUCUUCUUCAAGUUCAGAUGCAGGAUGUUCAGUGCCUUCAAGGAGACGGACGAGAUCUCGCUGAAGGAUCUGAUUUUCAAACACAACUGCUAUCCAGACGGAGACCUUGAUAAUGAGGUUUUCACUUACAUCUUACGAUUCCCAGAGACGGUGGUUUUCACCUUUGAUGGAUAUGACGAAAUCCAAAUGGAUUCCGACUUGGAUAAUGUGCCUGAAGUGGUCUCUCCGGAAGAAAAGACUCGUCCGCUUCUGCUUCUCAUGAAUUUGCUUUGCGGAAAAUUGCUCAAAGGUUCUCGGAAGAUUCUAUCGGCACGAAGCGGCACUGAGAUCCAAAGCAGAGUAAUCCGGAAGAAGGUGUAUUUGAAGGGAUUUUCACCUGAACACCUGAAGAGAUAUACAGCUCUCCAUUUCCCAGAGAUGGAACACAGGACAUUGGUGACGGAUCAGCUGGACGCCAACCCUCACCUCUGCGGUCUUUGCUCCAUCCCGUUGUUCAGCUGGAUCAUCCUCAAGAGCUUCAAGCAUCUUCAUUCGGUUUAUGAUAACUUCGAAUUGCCAGACUCUUGCAUCACGCUCACAAAUGUCUUCUUGCUCCUUUCUGAGGUCUUUCUUGGCCACUCAACUGCACGGCCUGGUCUUUUGAAACGGAGCCCGAGGUGUCCCACGGACACCUUUAAAGCUGGUGAGCAGAAGCUUUCGGCCUUCGCUCGGCUAGCCUUACAGGGUUUGGAAAGGGGUGGACUUGUCUUCAGUAUAGAGGAAGUGACAUCCUGUGGAUUGGACGACGAAGACCUUCAGUUUGGCUUUCUGAGGCCUGCUUCACAUUACGAUGCAUGCGGAGGCUCUGCUACCUUUGAGUUCCUCCAUGAGACGCUCCAAGCCUUCUUAGCAGCUUUUUCUCUGGUGCUGGACUCCAAAAUCUCUCCUGAAUCCAUUCUAAGGUUCUUCUCCAAAUGCGAAUAUAAGAAGAAGUCUCAUCUCUCCUGCUUGCCUUGUCUGGGAAAGUCAAGACCCAGAGAUAAAGACCCGUUCCAGACCAAUUUCCAAUUCACCAACUUAUUUUUAUGUGGUCUCUUGUCCAAACCCAACGCUGCACUCCUAGAGCAUAUCGUUCCACCGGCAUCAUUGAACCAAAAGCGCAAGAUGCUCAAGUCCUAUCUGUCCAACAGCGUGCGGACUCAUCUUAAGGGCCUCCCUCGUUAUCCAUCUACAGACAUUGAGGGCUACAAGGUGCACGCGAUGCCAAAUUUCUUGUGGAUGCUGCGAUGCAUUUUUGAGACGAACAGCGAGAAUGUGGCCAAGAUGACGGCCAACAGCAUAUCGGCAGAUUACAUUAAGAUUGCCUUCUGUAACAUUUACUCGGCCGACUGCAGCGCGUUGAACUUUGUCCUCCACCACCGUAAGAAGCAUCUGGGAGUCGACAUGGACAACAAUAACAUCAAUGAUUAUGGUGUGAAGCAGCUUAGGCCCUCUUUCAGCAAAAUGACGGUGGUAAGAUUUUGUGUGAAUGAGCUCACAGACAGCAGUAUUGAAGUUCUGGCAGAGGAACUCGUCAGACACAAAAUCAUUAAGGUCUUGGGCCUUUACAAAAACCACAUCACGGAUGUUGGAGCCAAACUAGUAGCAAAGAUCAUUGAAGAAUGUCCACACUUGAAGACUGUCAAGCUCGGCUGCAACAACAUCACAGGUGUGGGUGGGAAAUACCUUGCCAGUGCAAUUCACAAGAGCAAAUCUAUCUUUGACAUAGGAAUGUGGGGUAACUCGAUCGGUGACGAGGGGGCAGAUGCGUUUGCAGAGGCUUUGAAGAAUCACCCCAGCCUGACCAACCUCAGUCUCUCCGCCAAUGGCAUUACUUCUUUCGGUGGAAGAAGUCUGGCAAAAGCACUGAAGCAAAACACAAGCCUUCACAUCUUCUGGCUGAUACAGAACAAAAUCUCUGACGAUGCAGCGUCAGACAUUGCCGACGCCUUCAAGUCCAACUCUGCUCUGACACAUCUGAUGCUAAUGGAAAACGAGUUGACCAUUCACGGAGCCAAACAGCUGUCUGAAGGCUUGACAAACAACACUACACUGAAGGAAGUCAACAUUAAAGGAAACUGUGUUUCUGAAGAAGAAGAACAACUCUUUGAGGGCGACAAGAGGCUUCGCUUCCACUAAGAAGAAAAAGUAAAACACGUGAC